UGACCAUGCAUGUGAUGAAUAUAUAGAUCAGUCUAUAAAGUAUAUCUAUCUACUGUAUAUUAGUUACAAGCUCAUGAUCAUAAUUGAUGGCUAUUGUACAAGUACUUGUUGCUAGCAUUUUGCUUGCUAGCGACGCUCUGGCUGCAGUUGGAAGCAAGAACCAAACUCUGUACAUCCUAACACUACUGCCCUAUCCUUAUAUCAACCCACUGUUUGAUCCCUCUUGGGUUGAAGGACCUCAAGUUUCCCUGGCUCUGGAAAUUGCUAAAGAAGAGAUCAAUAAUCAACUUGCAGUUCUACCAGGUUAUCAAAUUGAACUGAUUCGUGGUGACUGUGGAUGUGAGUAUGUGGACAGGGCUUACGAAGCAAUAGGAAGCACUACAUACUAUCCUGGUGUAUCCAAGAUGCCAAUCGGUAUAAUUGGUCCAGGCUGCUCGAGCUCAUCUAUUUCAGUCUCUUCAUUGACCAAUCGAGAGGCUUUAUCUCUUGUAACUGUUCAUGGCGGUGGCAGUCUAUCAUUGUCCAACAGAAUCAACUUUCCCAACUCACUUGGCACACUUGGAUCUGCAGAAGCAUUUGUGACUUUAACCAUUAAACUAAUGGACAUGAACAAUUGGCAUAGAAUAGGAAUACUGUUCAACGAAUUCCGACAAUUCUACUCCAGUACAGCGCAAAGUCUCCAUGACGUCAUAUCUUCUAACUCCAUGUUGAGUAGUUAUUUGUCGCCAGUUUACGAUAACUCUUACAUUCCAUUGUCAGAGAUUUUGCAACAAGGCAUUCGAAUAAAUAUACUCUUAACACCAGUGAGGACCACACGGCAAGUGCUCUGUCUAGCUUUGCAUCGUGGGAUUGUGUAUCCAGCCUACCAGUGGAUCGUGACCAGCAAUUCAUUCGAGGAUAUUGCUCAAAACGUGAGCUUCGAGCUCAACAAUCAAGUCUAUCAUUGUUCCGAGGCAGAAAUGCGACAAACUGCUCUCAAUAGAGUCUUGUUCAUAAAUUACCGUCUCUCCCAUCUUAACGAAUCAGCUCUUUCAACAUAUUCCAAGCACUCCUUCAAAGAAUAUGAUGCAUUAUUUCGGAAAAAACUUCAAGAGCAUAAUUUACAGAACAAUGCCAACAUAACGUAUUCUAUUUGGACCACUUAUUUCUACGACACCUUCUGGGCAUGGGCGGUAGUUUUGGACAGACUCGCCAUUAGAGAGCCUAAUAUUGACCUCACCCAGUUUCGGUAUGGGAACGCUUCAUUAUCAAACAUGGUGCUCGAGGAAUUCUACCGUCUAGACUUUGAGGGGGUGUCAGGAAGGAUACAUUUCAACAAUGACUCAGGAUUUCUAAACCGAGUUAUAUCUGUGUUUCAAGCAAAAUAUGAGAAUGCGACAAAAGUUGGUUACUUUGAUGGUGUGAACUUCACAGUUAAAGGCCUAGAAUCUAUAGACGGAGAGUUUCCAGAUGAAUACUUCAAUAUUGGCCCCGGUGUGUUUGCGGCUCUUUUCAUUGUGAUUGUUCUAGAGCUGGUGGUAGUAACAACACUCCAUGUGCUCACGAUAAAAUAUCGAUUUUCUGAAUCUGUAAAAGCUUCGAGUCCCAAGCUCAGUCAGAUAACCUUUAUUGGGUGCUAUCUCGUUAUAUUCACACUACUCCUCUACAUUUUCAGGAGGUAUCUCUUGUUAGAUGAUUAUACCUCAGUUUUUCUCUGCAACUUAACCUGGGCAUGGUUGCUUCCCAUCUCCUUUACACUGGGAUACGGAACAGUGGCUGUUAGAACAUGGAGACUGCAUCGAAUCUUCACACACUAUCUCAAUCCAGGACGCUUCAUUUCUGACCACUACCUCAUGGCCUUUGUAUUCAUCUUGCUUGGUGUUGAUGUUUUAAUUGGUACUUUGUGGGUGGCCAUUGACCCACUGCAAUUGAUCGUGAAGAAUGUUACCGUUUAUCGAGGUGUUGCAAACUUUGAAGUUUCCGUUCAGUCAUGCUUCAGUAAUAAUCCAUAUUGGUCAUAUGGGUUGGUGUUUGGAUACAAGGGAGUAUUGAUUGUCAUCGUUCUGGUGCUGGCAUUUCUGACUAGAAACAUUCAGAACCAGUCAUUCAAAACUAAAACGCUGCGUGUCAUGGUUUAUCUCUCCAGUUUGACUAUGGUGGUUGGAUUUGUGCUCUACUAUCUGUUCCUAUUCUAUAUUACUUCUCCGAUACCCUAUACAUCGUUUGCAAUUUUAAAUCUCACUUUCCAUGGUGCCCUGCUCCUGUUCAUAAUGCUGAUUUGCCUGCCUCCCCUCAUACCAAAGCUGCGUGAAGAGUUCUAUAAAAAUUCACACUUGAUCAAGCCCAAGAAGUUUAUUUUGAAAUCGAAAGUGAAAGCGUUCUGAUGGAGGGUUCUAGUCGAUUUUUAUAUGAUUUCUUGUGGUAUAUUUUUUGUGUAUGCACGCUAAUUACUUGUUCAUUUGCUGUACAUUUUUGGGGGUAUUUAAAUUUUCAU